CAUUAACGUUCCCGCAGAAACAAGGAAGUUAACAUUUAGCAGCGGCUGCUGUGUUCAUGCCCCACCUCUGCAAGUGGAUGUGACCGCUGGACAGAGGGUCCGGGGUAUCCAGACUUCAGGACAACGUUGCAGAGGACGACAACAACAACAUGGGACUGCUGUCUGAUCCAAACAGAAGACGGGCUUUGAUCAACCUGCUGACUCGCCUCAAUGCUCCAAUCUGCGUGGUCUGCUACAUGGCGGGUGUGGCUUGGUUCAUGGGGUUAGCGUUUGAGCCUUUCACUCUGCGGACAUACAUGUCAGAGAAUGCCAUGGGGUCUACCAUGGUGGAAGAGCGCUUUCCUUCAGGAGAGAGGGCAGUGGCCACAGGCAGGGAGUUUGCAGCUCAUAGAAAGAAAGUUGGUGGGAUGCCAGUGGAGUGGCUGAUGAAGACCAUGCAGGCCCGAGGACUGGAAGUGUACACUCAGAGGUUCUCUCGCACACUACUCUUCCCUGAUGAAAACAAAGAGAGAUAUAUGGUAAAAGGCACAAAUGUAAUAUGGAUCCUUCGGGCCCCAAGAGCUCCACGGACUGAAGCCCUGGUGCUGAGUGCUCCCUGCACCCCGGGUGAUAACAACAACCAGGCAGUGGGACUGUUACUUGGCUUGGCUCAGUACUUCAGGAAUCAGAUUUAUUGGGCCAAAGACAUCAUCUUCCUUGUGAAUGAGCAUGAUUUGAUUGGUAUGCAGGCCUGGCUGGAGGGCUACCACCACACCAACACUACAGGUAUGGACUGGUCCCCAUUACAAGGCCGUGGUGGUUCAAUCCAGGCAGCCCUGUCCCUGGAGCUCAGCAGUGAUGUUGUCACCAGUAAUGACCUAGUACUGGAAGGCCUCAAUGGCCAGUUACCCAACCUGGAUUUAGCAAACCUCUUCUACGCUUUCUGUCAGAAGAUAGGGGUCCUUUGCACCAUCCAGGGCAAGGUUAAAGAGAAUGAUUGGGACAGUGUGUCCGGCUACAGCCACGCAGUCCAGACCAUGAUGCUGAUGGUAAUGAAGCAGGCCAGUGGGCCGUCCUGGGGAGACCACGGUCUGUUCCUUCGCUACCACAUUGAGGCUGCCACCAUCAAGGGCAUCAACAGCUUCCGCCAGUACAAGACAGACAUCACUUACCAUCGGCAGACUGCUGGAAGAAUGUACCGUAAGCUGAAUAACCUCCUGGAACGCCUACACCAGUCCUACUUCUUCUACCUCAUGCCGUCACUCUCUCACUUUGUCAUUGGAUACUACAUGCCAGCCUUCGGCUUACAAAUGAUGAAUCUCUACAGUUUUUUCCUUGACUGUGAUACAGCCUUGGACCUGUGGGUUCAACUUGCAACUCCACCAUCAGCCACAGAGGAUGGUGUCGCUGACAUUGAGCAGUCCAGUCCAGGAGUGCUGUCAGUGUUGACUCCUCUGGUGAUCAGCCACCUGACCGGAGCAGCUCUGUACACGCUGCCGAUCCGUUUUCAGGAGAUGGCCGUCGAACACUUCCCAGUGUCUGAGACUGAGGCUGUGGUCCUGACUGCUAUUGCUGUUUACACGGCAGGCCUGGCUUUACCUCAUAACACACACAGACUGCUGUCAGGUGAGGGCACAGAGCAGGGCUGGAGGGUGCUGAAACUGGUGGCGGUGCUUUACCUGGCUGUGCUGCUGGGUUGCACUGCUCUCAUCAACUUCUCCCUGGGUUUCAUCUUGGCUCUCACUCUAGCUGCAGCUGCCUUCGUCACCCCCCACGUGCCCAGGGUUCUGUCAGCGUUCGUCUUGGUCAUCCUCAGCCCGGCCUGCACGCUUCUUUUUUCAGUCUUUUUCUUCAAGAACUCCCAGGAAAUGCCAGUCAGCUUCCUAGAUGGCUGGUAUUACCUGUCAGUCAUUUUCACAGGGCAUCUGGACCACUCCCUAUACGGUUCUCUGGUUUACCCACUCAUAGCCUUGCUGGUGUACCCAUGCUGGCUGCUUUUCUGGAACAUCCUCUUCUGGAAGUAGCCUACAGAUUCACCCAAGACUUUCUAGUGUACGAC